CUUAAAACACCUAACCCACUGUAGAAUAAAACUCACAUAUAGUGCUUAAAUACAAUAUCUUAAUGCUUUACAAUUGAUCACCUUUAUUCUUUUAACUUUUUUCUUCAUUUUCAACAAAGGAUUGAAUAAACAAUAAACAAUGCUAAACCUCCGGUUUUGCAGCACCUAAAUGGUUCCAACAUUGUUUGUUUACAAACACUAUUACUACUUUUCUUCAAAAAAAAAAAAAAAUUAAACGAAAAUGAAAAUCUCUGCAAUUUCGAUCUUCUGGGUCGUUCUACUCUUUACAGCAGGCUUAGUUGCAGGCGAUAACUCAGAAGAGUCUCGGGUUUUCCAUGGUGACGACAACAAUGGCAAAAAUGUUGUAAACAACAGGAAAAACUUUUGGCCAUGGGAUGAGGACAAUUACUGCUUCCCGUUAUGGCCAUUUAGUGAUUGUAGUAAACCUGAUGAACCUCUGCCGAUUCCAGCACUUCCACCACCAUCUACUCUGCCAAUUCCACCUAUACCACUACUAUCCCCGCCAUCUCUUCCACCAUUGCUACCAUCAAUCCCAAGUGGGCUGAUUUUUGCAGACUUAAGGCUUGCAGUAGUUUAUCCAAUCAUCCAAAACUUCAAAAAUAUAAUAACUUCAGACCCUCUAGGGAUCACCAAAACAUGGGUGGGUUCUGAUAUUUGUAGAUACAAAGGCUUCUUCUGUGAUAAACCACCAAAUAACUCAACUGCUAUAUCAGUGGCAUCUAUAGACUUUAAUGGUUUUGGCCUCAGUGCCACAACUCUUGAAGGCUUCCUUGAUCAACUCCCUGAUUUAGCACUUUUUCAUGCUAACUCUAACUUUUUUAGUGGAACCCUCUCAUCAAACAUAGCUAAACUUCCCUACCUCUACGAGCUAGAUCUUAGCAAUAACAGAUUCACAGGACCAUUCCCACUCGCUGUUAUAGGCAUGGAGAGUCUCAGUUUCUUAGAUAUUCGGUUCAACCAGUUCUCCGGGUCAAUCCCUCCUGCAAUUUUCACACAAAAUCUCAAUGUUCUCUUCCUUAAUGACAAUAAUUUUGUGUCAGCUUUGCCUCAAUUACUAGGAACUACCCACAUAUUAUACCUCACCUUAGCCAACAACAAGUUCACAGGUCCACUUCCACGCGAUAUUGCUAAAGCAUUAUCUGCCUUAACUCAAGUUCUGUUAAUGAACAACCAGUUAACUGGUUGUUUGCCUUACGAGUUAGGCUUCCUUAACGAAGUUACUGUUUUUGAUAUAAGCCACAACAAACUCACCGGCCCACUCCCAUUUUCGUUAGCUUGUAUGGAGAGGGUGUCACUCCUUGAUUUAUCAGCAAAUUUGCUCGAUGGAAUGGUGCCCGACAUAAUUUGUCAGCUACCAAAUUUAGUUAAAAUAUCUCUUUCUGACAAUUACUUCACACAGGUUGGUCCAUACUGUAGGAACCUCAUCAACAUAGGAAUUUUGGACAUAACAAACAAUUGCAUUCCUGGUCUACCAUCCCAACGAUCACUGUUCGACUGUGCACCCUUCUUCGCGCAGCCAAGGAUCUGCCCUUAUAUGGAAACUUAUACAAUCAUCCCUUGUAAGCCUAACUUCAUCCAUUAAGGACUCUCACCCAAUUUUAUUUUCUCUUCGUACAUGAUUUUAUAUUUUUAUCAUGUCUACUUAAUUUCUUCUACGUUUUUUUUAUCUGUUUUUGUAUCCUGGACAGUUUUCCGAUAGAUUAAACCCAGUUCUGGUUCUCUUUUUUUUUUGUUUUUUUUGUUUUUUAAGAGGUAAUCCCUCCGUCCCUUUUUGUUUCCUCCAUUUUCCUUUUGGAUGUUCUCUUAAGGUUGCUCUAUAUCUUAAAUGAUAAGUUUUCUCAUUUGCUCUUGCUCUAUUCUCUA